UGGUUUGAACUUUAUUGAUUUGAUGGUGCGACAGGGGAAUAUCGACAACCCUCCUAAGACACCACUUGUUCCUGGGUUUGAAUGCUCUGGAAUUGUAGAAGCUCUUGGAGAUAGUGUGAAAGGAUUUGAGAUUGGCGACAGAGUUAUGGCUUUUGUAAACUACAAUGCGUGGGCUGAAGUAGUCUGUACCCCAGUAGAAUUUGUCUACAAGAUCCCAGAUGACAUGAGUUUUUCUGAAGCUGCUGCGUUUCCCAUGAACUUUGUAACUGCCUACAUGAUGCUCUUUGAAGUUGCUAACCUAAGAGAAGGCAUGUCUGUGCUGGUUCACUCAGCAGGAGGUGGGGUGGGUCAAGCUGUUGCUCAGCUCUGUUCAACUAUUCCCAAUGUUACUGUUUUUGGAACAGCUUCAUCUUUCAAACAUGAAGCAAUCAAAGACUCAGUAACUCACCUGUUUGACAGAAAUGCAGACUAUGUUCAAGAAGUAAAAAGAAUCUCAACGGAUGGAGUAGAUAUUGUUUUGGACUGCUUGUGUGGAGAAAAUACUGGGAAAGGCCUCAGUCUUCUCAAACCACUUGGGACUUACAUUUUAUAUGGUUCAUCUAACAUGGUUACGGGGGAGACAAAAAGCUUCUUCAGUUUUGCAAAAUCAUGGUGGCAGGUUGAGAAAGUAAAUCCUAUCAAGCUGUAUGAGGAGAACAAAGUCAUUGCUGGAUUUUCCCUGUUGAAUCUACUUUUCAAACAGAAUCGAGGUGGCCUGAUCAAGGGUGUGAUGGACAAACUCCUAAAUCUAUAUAACAAUAAGAAGAUCAAGCCUGUGGUUGAUUCAUUAUGGGCUUUGGAAGAGGUGAAGGAGGCCAUGCAGAGAAUCCAUGACCGAGGAAAUAUAGGAAAACUAAUUCUGGAUGUGGAGAAAGCACCCACUCCCCUGAUGGCCAACGACAGCACAGAGACAAGUGAGGCUGGAGAAGAGGAAGAAGAUCAUGAAGGGGACAAUGAGAAUAAAGAGCGCAUGCCAUUCAUCCAGUAACAGCCAGAGGUGGUGGAAGCAGAAAGGUUGAUGGAGAAGGGAACAAGAUUGGGAAAUCUAUUCUGUGCAUCAGUGAACAAAUGCUGUAGUACAGUGUGUGUUGUAUUUGUCUGCAGUCAGCUGAGCUAUGAGCUGUUGAUCAUUGUUGUUUUGAACUCAAGUGCCAUUCUCAUCCAGUGCAGUAUUAUGACAUUCCUGUGUAAUACCCUGUUUCUCUGUAGGAGUCCCAUGGAUUUUUCUGUUCCGGUUUAAAAGCCUUAUUAACUUACUGUGUAAUUUUAGAUGGGCAUCUUUCUCCUGCAAAUUCCAAUAUUUUGCAUAAGUUAUUAGGGGGGUUUGGGCUUUUUUUGCAAGUUGGAAACAGUAACAAAAAAAAUUCCCCACUUGCUGUCUGGAAAAUUCUAGUAACUGGAGGGAGGAUUUUAAGUUUGUGGAUUUUCAGUGUUAAAAUAAUUUUCCUUUUAUGAACCACAGAUAAAAGUUGCAA